AUGGAACCUUGCUACGAUUUAAGUAAAGAUGGGAAGACGGAAAGCAUAUCUGCUUGUCUGCUCUUAGAGAAACAAUCUUGGAUGGUUUCGGAAGAUAAAGGGAGUUCAAGUAAGAAGGGCAAGGGGAAUGGCGAAAAGGAAGAGGAAAAUGUGAUUGAGGAUUGGGAUGUUGAAACCCUAGAGGGAGAAUCAGUGAAAGCGGAUUCAGAAAUCCUGAUUCUGAAAAAGAAAAUGAAAUUAUGGGUAGGUGUGAUUAGUGGUAAUCAUAUUUCAAUAAAUGGGUUUGUGCUUGGAUAUUCUGCACCACAAAUGGUGGAGGGGAAACCACUAGUCGUCAUUGCUAACGAAGAUGUUGAGAAGGAAUUUAUGUAUUGGAAGGAAUUUAUGUAUUGGAAGCACUCUGUCAUCAUAUGA